CUUCAAUUUUCCGUCGCGUGGCCUUAAUUGAAUUGGCCAAUGUGGUAAAGUCAUUAUACCGUCGAAUUAUAUUAUGCAAAGGUAUGUUUGCAGUAAAACUGUAGCUCUGGUCUAUGAUCAAUUUAAAACAUAAAAGUUUGACACAUGGCAUGUACAUGACGAUUUGAGAAUUUGUUUUUAUUGCCCGUUACGAAAACAAACAUGGAAGCUUGUUUGGCUGUUGAGAAAGAUGUCGACAAAGUUUUAUCCAAAUUCGGUGCCAUCAACGAACAUUCCAAGCGCGUUCUUUCUGAUAUCAUUAACCAUAUUGAGAAUUUGAAGCAAGAAUAUCACAACGCACCAGAAAAUCAUGUCUUAACAAAUGUUCAAAUCAGUUUGCUUCAACAAGAAAUGGCGAAAGUAAAGGAAACUAUUUCACGUUUGGCAACUGAACAUAGAGAUUUGCAUAGUACAGUGUCCAAAGUGGGCAAAUCAAUUGACAGGAAUUUCACUGCUGAUUUUGCCGCAUGUAGUCGGGACGACGUAUUCAAUCACCCUGAAAAAAUACAGAUCAUCAAUAAAAUAAUAUGUCAACAUUACUAUAGGCAAGGAAUGCACGAUGUUGCAGAUGUGUUAGCGAUGGAAGGCGAAAUACUGAUUGAGCCUCAUGAAAAAGAGCCAUUCACUGAAGUACACCACAUUUCUGAUAGUUUGAAAAACAAAGAUUUAGAACCACUGUUAGCUUGGGCCACUGUUCAUCAUGAAGCUUUAGACGCACAAAACUCCUCAUUGGAGUUCAUGAUCCAUCGUCUAAAAUACAUUGAGUUACUUAAAAAGGGACCAAAUUUUCAAAAUGAAGCAAUUGCUUAUGCACGAACUCAUUUUAGAAAAUUUGUUCAUAAACAUGAAAAAGAUAUACAAACAUUAAUGGGAAUGUUAUUGUAUGUUCCCAAUGGUAUCACAACGUCGCCAUACAGUACCUAUUUGUAUUCUGAAAUGUGGGGUGAGAUCUAUGAAAUGUUCAUAAGAGAUGCAUGUCAACUACUAGGAGUAUGUGUAAACAGCCCAUUAAUAACCUGUAUUAACUCUGGUUGCAUGGCAAUACCAGCUCUCCUUAAUAUCAAACAAGUAAUGAUGCAGAGGCAGGUGACCAGUGUGUGGAAUGUCAAAGAUGAGUUGCCUGUUAAAGUGUCCCUAUUGUCCAAUGGAACAAAACCCUGCAGAAGCAAGGCUAAUUUAUUUUUAACUUUUUUUUUUCAAUUUUAAUGGAUAUAUACAUAUAUAUUUGUUUUACAGAUUUGUUAAUUGAUUAUAGGGUAGUUCAAUAAUAGACAAUUGAAUUUUGCGCAAGUUUCAAAACAAAAUGGAGAUGAUUAUUAUGGUGAUUUAAAACUCUUAAAAUUUUUGUCCAAAAAAUCUACCAAAUAGAGCUCAAGUAUAAGAAUCUUGCCUAUCAUUAGUUACUUGGAUUGAUUCUAAUAUUCUGGUGUGGAACUUAGCUAGCGAGACUAAAAUUUGAAAUAAAUAUAUGUUUCUGAAAUUGUGAAACUUGUGAUCCUUCAUUGAUCUUAUUACUGCCGUUUUAUAUGCUAUUAAGCAGUGAUUUUUCUAUGGUUUGUGUUGUAUUUGUGAUCUCUUUCUAACUUGUUGAAAUUUUUUUCAGAAUAAAAUAUUUAUAUUAAGCAUCCUUAUUCAUUUUAAUCUUUAAUUUUUGUCCGCCUCUAAGAUUGAUAUCUUAAAUUCUGUUCACUCAAGAAACCAAAUUAGAAUAGAUGAUGUAGAAGCUGAAAGCUUUUAAUUUUCCUAUUCUGCAUUUUUAAUUUUUAACA